AUGGGGGUGAAGUUGGACGGCCUGAAGGUGUGGAACGAUUCGGGGAAGGAGCGCGGCGGCGCCGGGUGGAUCGCCGUCAGUCCAGUGGUGAAGGCUGGGCAGAGCCACCACGAAGAGAAAUGGUUCAACAUCGACACCUGGAAAAGCUGGAGGUUGGCCUUCGUACUUGCGCGGUUGCAGCGCAAAGUGUGGGAGGUGAAUUUGACGUUCAAGCCCGCGGAUUGGAACGAAGACAAGUUGGUGGAGAUAGAUGGCGAGAAGGUGACACCAGAAGCGCUCAGAAGGAUGGCGCACCAGGUCGCCCAGUCCCUGAGGCCGGGCGGCCUCUCCUGGGACCUGGGCGCCCUGUCCGGCUACGGGGUAGCUGGGAGCCUCGAAGCGCCGUGA